CUGCCCAACGGCCAAUAAUUUUAUACCUUCACUUCCCAACUAAACUCUCCUGGGACGGUAUCUAGCUAGCCUGCCUGCAUUAUCGAUCACUACUAAAACAAUGGCAGUACUUGAUGUAGAAGUUAUCACCAAAGACACCAUCAAACCCUCUUCACCGACCCCAGACCACCUCCGUCGUUACAACCUCUCCUUCAUUGAUCAAAUUACACCUCAAAUUUUCAUGCCUCUUGUUCUCUUUUACCCGAGAGAUUCCAAUGCCCAUCUCAACAACAUAGAUUGCCAAGACAACAUCAAGACGUCCUUGUCUAAGGCGUUGACACUGUUUUACCCGAUGGCAGGACGGGUGAAGGACAACUCUCAUGUUGAUUGCAACGAUGAGGGUGUCCACUAUGUGGAAGCCAAAACCAACUGCAAUCUUUCUGAAUUUCUUGAGGACCCGAACCUAGUUGAGCUCAACAAAUUCCUGCCGUAUGAACUGGAUGAUGUUAAUGAAGUGGCUCUGGCUGUCCAAGUUACCUCCUUCAGCUGUGGUGGGAUCGUGAUCGGUCUGGUUUUUGCCCACAAGGUUUCAGAUGCUUCCUCAUUCUUCUCGUUCCUCAACACUUGGAGUGCUCUUGCUUGUGGUAGCAAUGAUAUAACUAAUCCUCGAUUCGAAUCUGCCAUGAUAUUCCCACCGGAGACAUUUCCAAGCUACAGUCCAAGUAGAGGGAUUGCAAAGAAUAAAAUUGUUUUGAAGAGAUUUGUCUUUGACUCGUCUGCUAUAUCAGCUCUUAGAGCCAAAUAUAGCACUAACAACACAAGCAUUGAAUACCCACGGCCAACUCGCGUGGAGGCCUUAUCGGCUUUCAUAUUUGAUCACUUCUUGGCUGCCACUGGAGCAGAUGCAGACACCAACAAGGUAUGUACCCUAUUUCACAUAGCAAACCUACGCACGAGGAUGGACCCACCGCUUUCAAACAAUUUUUUUGGAAACAUGAGCUUGUCCACAGGUUCGGUAAUCUCCAGGAAAACAGGUGAUGGCUUUCAUGACAUUGUCAUUCCUAUGAGAGAUUCCAUAAGGAAAGCUGACAUCGAUUAUGUGAAAAGCUUUCGGGAGGAUGGUGCGUCCUUGAGGUUUAUGAGUGAGAAUGCAGAAAGAUUGAAGAAAGGAGAAGUUGUUUCGUUAGCCUUCACCAGCUUGUGCAGGUUUCCUAUAUAUGAAAUCAAUUUCGGGUGGGGGAAGCCUAUAUGGGCUGGCUCAGUAAGAUUGCUAUACACGAAUCUAGUUACUUUCUUCGACACCAAAUCAGGAAAUGGAAUAGAGGCAUGGAUUAACUUGGACGAGAAGGACAUGGCUAAACUUGAAGUCGAUAAGGAGCUCCUGGCAUAUGUUUCGUCAAACAAAGUUUCAGUAAUGUAGAUUGUUACCUAGCUAAUUAGAUGGAUCUUCAAGAUUGUCAACGUAUAUUUAGAAGUUCCUUUUCUUUUCUUUUUUUUUUUUUUUUGUUUAUAAGGACAAUGUAGUUUAAUGCUUGCUACAUGUUCUAAAUCUCCAAGAAGGUUUGGAAUAAGUUCGUAAUACGAUAAGUAUUAUGGGGAUAUU